CAAUUAUCCAAACUACUCCGUAGUUUGGAACAGGUGUGUUCCAAACUAAGGUCAAAUUGAAACUUGGGUCCCUCGUUUUGGAGUUCACUCGAUAUUCUUGACCAAAACUCGCAUCGCCUGUCCUUGAUUCAGGUCUUCUAUCUCCGUCGUCCCCCCAAAACCCUAAGCACCUCUCCUGUACAUGGCAUCUUUGGAACCUUCAACCCCUGCCAUCAACGAAUCCAAAGACGAGGGAGAUGGAAAGAAAAUGUCCAAGAAAGAGGCUGCUAAAUUGGACCGCCAGCGCCGCCGUCAGGAGGCCGCCGCCGCCGCUGCUGCGGCCUCUGUGGCUGCUAUCUCCAUGGAUGAAACCGCUGACCCUCUAGCUGCUAACUAUGGGGACAUUCCUCUUGAUGAGUUGAAGUCCAAGGCAGUCACUGGCCGCAAAUGGACGGAUAUAGGUGCGCUGACUGCCGAUUUGAAAGGCAAUUGUGUCCUCAUCCGUGGUAGAGCGCAGGCUAUUCGUGUAGUUGGGAAGAAAAUGGCUUUCAUUGUGGUGAGGAAGCGCGGCUUCACGGUGCAAUGCGUGUUGGCAGUUGAAUCUGAUCUUGUCAGUCUUCAAAUGGUGAAGUAUGCCACCUGCUUGAGCAAGGAAUCUAUUCUUGACAUAGAGGGAGUGGUCACUAUCCCCAAGGAACAAAUCAAGGGCGCUACUCAGCUGGUGGAAGUUCAAGUCCGCAAAUUGUAUUGCAUCAGCAAGGCUGCACCAAUUCUACCAAUCAAUAUUGAAGAUGCAUCAAGAAGUGAAGCUGAAAUUGAAAAAGCUUUGCAGGAGGGUGAGCAGCUUGUUCGUGUAAAUCAGGACACUCGGCUGAACCAUAGAGUUCUUGAUCUACGUACUGCUGCUAAUCAAGGCAUCUUCCGUGUUCAAUCCCAAGUUGCAAAUGCGUUCCGGCAGUUUCUGUUGCCUGAAGGAUUUUUUGAAAUCCACACUCCCAAGUUGAUUGCAGGAUCUAGCGAAGGUGGUUCAGCUGUCUUUAGAUUACAAUACAAGGGCCAACCAGCUUGUUUGGCACAGUCACCUCAGUUGCACAAACAAAUGGCUAUUUGUGGAGAUUUUAAUCGUGUCUUUGAAAUUGGGCCUGUUUUCAGAGCUGAAGAUUCUUUCACACAUAGACAUCUGUGUGAGUUCACUGGGCUUGAUGUUGAAAUGGAGAUAGAUGAACACUACUCUGAGGUGAUGGAUGUUGUUGAUCGACUAUUUGUAUCAUUGUUUGAUAGUUUGAAUGAGAAUUGCCAGAAGGAACUUGAUGCCAUUCAGAGGCAAUAUCCCUUUGAACCAUUAAAGUAUUUGAAGAGCACAUUACGUCUUACAUUUGAAGAGGGGGUUCAAAUGCUCAAGGAAGCUGGAGUUGAUGUUGAUCCUUUUGGAGACUUAAACACGGAAUCAGAGAGAAGGCUGGGUCAGCUUGUUUAUGAGAAGUAUGGAACAGAAUUCUAUAUACUUCACCGUUAUCCGCUGGCUGUUCGACCAUUCUACACUAUGCCUUGUUAUGAUAAUCCUGCUUACAGCAAUUCUUUUGAUGUCUUCAUUCGAGGGGAAGAGAUAAUUUCAGGAGCUCAGCGUGUUCAUGUACCUGAAUUGUUAACUCAACGUGCAGGGGAAUGCGGUAUUGAUGUCAGAACAAUAUCAACAUACAUCGACUCGUUCAGGUAUGGUGCCCCUCCACAUGGUGGAUUUGGAGUGGGAUUAGAGCGGGUGGUGAUGCUCUUCUGUGCACUUAACAACAUCCGAAAAACAUCGCUCUUCCCUCGUGACCCGCAAAGGAUAGCCCCGUGAUUACUACAAAGCCCCUUCAUAUGAGAUGUUUCUUCAAGUUUUAACACGAAUCACACAUGUGAUUCGAUCUACAUUUUUGCUAUUUUUAACAUUGCUUUAAAAAAUACUCCUUUAUUUGGAAAUACAUAGUUUGGUAUAAAAGUCUGUUAUAAGUUUGUGAAGUAGAAUAUGUACGAAGGCGUCUAAACCAAAGAGUAACAAUAUGCCAUCGGAGAAGCAUAAUUAUUAG